GAUGCAGAAGCGCGUCGAGUGUCGAGAAAGUCGCACGAGACACGCAGCUUUAAAUUAGAAGCAUAAAGCUUGCUUGUAUUUCAAUAGAAAAUUCUAAGUUUGACCGCUGAGCGGUAUUGUAUACGUGGAUUAAGAUUCCAAGAUGACAUUCACAAUGGGAAAGCUGUUGUUUUCCCUGCCCUUGUUGCUGACACUUCUGGCGUACGGAGUAGCUGAGAAUCCAAGACUGGUCUGUUACUUCAGCAACUGGGCUAUCUAUCGUCCGGACAUAGGCAGCUAUGGCAUCGAUGACAUUCCUGCUGAUAUGUGCACGCAUAUCAUUUACUCCUUCAUUGGCGUGAGCAACGUCACCUGGAGCGUACUCAUCCUCGACGAGGAGCUCGACGUCCAGAAUGGCGGCUUCAACAAGUUUGUCGCUCUGAAGCAGAAGUAUCCGCAUCUGAAGACCCAAGUUGCGAUCGGUGGCUGGGGUGAAGGUGGUAGAAAGUACAGCCAAAUGGUUAGCGUGAAGUCCAGACGUGAUGCAUUGGUCAGCGGCGUCGUCGAGUUUAUGAACAAGUUCGGCUUUGAUGGCUUCGAUCUUGAUUGGGAAUAUCCGGCUGCUACCGACAGAGGUGGCACCUUCAGCGAUAAGAAUAACUUCUUCUAUUUCGUCGAGGAGUUGAGGACCGCGUUCGACAAGGUUGGCAAAGGCUGGGAGAUCACGAUGGCGGUACCAAUGGCUACGUUCCGCCUCAACGAGGGCUACCAUGUGCCAGAAUUAUGCGAACUCGUCGAUGCCAUCCACGUGAUGUCUUACGAUCUCCGUGGCAACUGGGGCGGAUUUGCCGACGUCCACAGCCCGCUCUACAGAAGACCUCAUGAUCAGUACGCUUAUGAGAAACUGAACGUGCACGAUGGUCUUCAACUCUGGGAGGACAAGGGAUGUCCCGCCAACAAACUCGUCGUAGGAAUCCCGUUGUAUGGACGUACCUUUACACUUAGUCAGGGUAACAACAACUUCAAGCCUGGUACUUAUAUUAACAAGGAAGCGGGUGGAGGUGCGCCCGGUAAAUACACUGGGGCUAAAGGAUUUUUGUCUUACUACGAAAUUUGUAUGGAACUUAAAGAACCGGAUAAUAACGGAUGGACCAAGGAAUACGACGAUAUAGGCAAAGUGCCCUACAUGUACAAGCAAAGCAAGCCUCCUCAAUGGGUUGGCUACGAGGAUGCUGACAGUAUCGUUCACAAGAUGAACUUCAUCAAAGAGAAGAAAUAUCUCGGUGCUAUGGUGUGGGCCGUUGAUAUGGACGACUUCAGAGGAAUUUGCGGUCCUACAAAUCCUCUCAUGAAGGCAAUCUAUGAUGGUCUGAAGGGUUAUAAAGUAACAAAAAAGGAUUACAAGACAACUCCUAGACCCGAUUGGGACAGGCCACCCAGUACUACACCCUCGACAGGUGAGAAACCAAAACCUACCACGAAGCCCGAGGGAACUACCGAGGUACCUCAGCAGACUACGUCGAAGCCAGUCGAUGAAAAAGAAGUCGAGUGCAAUGGCCAAAGUAUUAUCCCCAGCAAAGAUUGCUCAACGUAUUUCGUCUGCAACCAUGGCAAACCGAUUAAGACAAAGUGUGCGGACGGUUUGAUCUUCCAAAUUUCCAAGCUCAUCUGCGACUGGCCGGCCAACGCCGAUCGCGAGGAAUGCAGAAAUGUCUAAUUCAUCGAUAAUUCGAUUCUAAUACGAACCAUUUAACGUUUCAUACAUCGAUUCAUAUAUCUAUCAGGUCUACAAAAAAAUUUAUUGCGAUAAUUUCAUAUGACAGAGAACAUUCGUUACGCAUUAUUACUUGUUAUUGUGUACGAGAGCCUGUGUGACGCAAAACGAUAUCGCUGCAAGCCACAAUAAAUCAUACGCAGUUUAUAAAAA